AUGAUAGAAAGAGAUGAUCAAGAGUCCGAGGUGAUAUAUAGAUCCAGAUUGAGGGCAACCCAUAAGCUCAGGAAGAUAUCCUCAAUCAAUGCUAUCACUUCAGGUAACAUCAGUAUUGGAUUCGGUGAUGGCAAUCUAUCCAGAGUUCAGCUCCCCCAUGAGGAUCCAUUGGUCAUCAGUCUUUUAGUGGCAAAUUGCAUGAUCAAGAGGGUUUUGAUAGACCUAGGGAGUAACGCCAACAUCAUCACAAAGACGGUCUUUGAGCAACUAGAGAUCCCAUCAUCAUCUAUUCGACCUACCUCUAGCCCAUUGAUAGGGCUUGAUGGCACACGAGUAGAUCCCCUUAGAGUAAUAGACUUAUCCGUAACUGCGGCGAAGAGAACUCUAAAGGAGACCUCUGUCUUAACAGAGGUCCAUCCUUCUUAUAAUCUCAUCAUGGGAAGAGGCUGGAUACACCGGAUGAGAGGAGUUUCGUCCACCCUUCGUCAGGUGAUGCGGUGCUUGUCUCUGGACGGAAAAGAGGUGAUUAACCUAUAG